CCAAAAGAAAUCCUCCUCAAGAACUCAGAAGUAGCUUUUGCAAUGGGUGCUGUAAUGGGGACGUUCUCCUCCCUACAAACGAAACAAAGAAGACCAUCAAAAGAUAAAAUUGAAGAUGAAUUAGAAAUGACUACAGUGUGCCAUAGACCUGAAGGACUGGAACAGCUUGAAGCACAAACCAAUUUCACUAAGAGAGAACUUCAAGUGCUUUACAGAGGAUUUAAAAAUGAAUGUCCUAGUGGGGUUGUUAAUGAAGAGGCAUUUAAACAGAUCUAUGCACAGUUUUUUCCUCAUGGAGAUGCUAGCAUGUAUGCACAUUAUCUCUUUAAUGCUUUUGACACUGCACAAAAUGGCUCAGUGAAGUUUGAGGAUUUUGUGAUGGCAUUGUCCAUUCUGUUACGGGGAACUGCUCAUGAGAAGCUAAGAUGGACAUUUAACCUGUACGACAUAAAUAAGGAUGGCUACAUAAACAAGGAGGAAAUGACAGAUAUUGUAAAGGCAAUUUAUGAUAUGAUGGGAAAGUACACCUACCCAGUGCUCAAGGAAGAUGCACCAAGGCAGCAUGUAGAAGUAUUCUUCCAGAAAAUGGAUAAAAACAAAGAUGGUGUUGUAACGUUAGAUGAGUUUAUUGAAUCGUGUCAGGAGGAUGACAAUAUCAUGCGAUCCUUACAGCUCUUUGAGAACGUGAUGUAACAGUGCCUGGGGAGCGCUGGAGGAGCCAGAGACUUCUGUGGAACAGAGAUCUCCCUUCUGGGUGAAAGCUUUUUACACUUCAGCCACGUUCGGUGUGUGAGGAUUUUGUAUGACCUGUCCAACCAAAUGGGAACUGAAUGCAACCGAUCCCACCUCUUCCCCGCAGGAGACACCGGUGGACCUUUGUUUCGUUUUGGAAGCAUGUGAAUAUCUUAAUGAACCCUGACAAGAG